UUUAGGAAGGAAAAAAAAGGGGAGCGAAGUGAUGUGAUUUAAGGCAAUGAGGUUGGGAGUGGGAGGGAGAAGAAAGGAGCAAUGGAGGCGAUGGAAGGAGAUGGAAAUGGAAUGAACAGAUACAGUCUGAAAGCGUCGCGAAUUUGCAACGAAGACAUUCUGAUCUGUGUGGACGUGGAUCCUCAGUCUAUGGUGGAGAUGAAAGGUGCCACCGGACCCAAUGGUAGACCCCUCACCCGAUUGGACUCCAUCAAGCAAGCCAUCAUUCUCUUCGUCAACGCCAAACUCACCAUCAACCCCCAACACCGCUUCGCCUUCGCCACUCUCUCCAACUCCGUCUCAUGGCUCAGGAAAGACUUCAGCAGCGAAAUCGACUCAACGAUCGCCGCAAUGCGGGGGCUUUCACCUUCUUCAUCCUGCGCCCAACCCGAUCUCACUAAUCUCUUCCGUCUCGCUGCUCACGAAGCCAAGAAAUCUCGUGUGCACGGUCGCAUCCUAAGAGUUAUUCUGUUCUACUGCAGAUCAUCGGAGCGGCCACAGCAUCAGUGGCCCGUGAACCAGAAACUCUUCACUUUGGAUGUGAUGUACCUUCAUGAUAAGCCUGGGCCCGACAAUUGCCCUCAGGAGGUGUAUGAUACACUGGUGGAGGCACUUGAACAUGUUAGUGAAUAUGAGGGUUAUAUCUUGGAGAGUGGACAGGGGUUGGCACGUGUUCUUUUCCGUUAUGUGCUCAUCCUGCUGUCGCAUCCUCAGCAACGUUGCAUCCAGGAGUAUGUUGAUAUUCCCAAGUCAAUUGCAAAGAAGGUUUCUCAGGUGGAGCCUAUGGCUGCUGAAGAUAGUGCUCCCGUAUCCACUCAAUGACACCAGGGGAAAUGCAAAAUUUCUCUCUGAUUUUGCCUUCUAUUCAAUUCCAGGAGUUGGGGAAGUGGAUUGCACCUGCACGUGGUCAUCUCUCAACGGCAAUGGAAUAUGAUCAUAAUUUGCAAAGUUCAAGUUGGAGCUAGUGUUGCUAGGUUGACAAGGGAAUGAUUGUUAAUGGCAUGAACAAUAUCUUAGUUUGGAUUUGGUUCUUACAAUCCUCUUGUUCUCAAGUUCAUACCUUUUGUUAUUUUGAAUCAAUUGUAUGAGAAGUGUACUUUAUAACAUAUCUAUUAGAAGUUAAGCGUUUUAGGCCUGGUAAUGAAAGUGGCCAAGGGGUAUGUGAUUUAUACGCAAGCUGCAGCUUGUCUAGACCCGUAUCAGAUACUCGAGUUUUUCUGCUUCAUUUAUCUUGUUAUUUCAUACCAAUUGCAUGUAUGAUGUAUAUAAUGUAUAGAGGAAUGACAAGUUUAUCAUGCGGUCCUAAGUUUUUUUAUUAA